AAGGUUGGCAAUAUACCGUCUGAAGUUCGGGACGGGCGGGAGAAGGACGGGCUCUCCGACGAUUCGGGAACUUGAAUUUUCGACCAGCCGAAUUGGUGCGGGUACGAAUUCAAAGCACUUUUAUCGUGGACGCGUUGAAUCUGGAGAGGGUCGUGGAGAUUUCUUUGAAACACAAAUAGUUUGCGUUGAAGAAAUCUACAGGAGUUCUGGUUUGAUAUUUGCCGCCGUGAAAACGAAAGAAAAUCAUCCUGGGGCAGAUCUAUCGAUUGUUCGUACAAGCAAAAGAACUCUGAAAGAGUAUCCACGGAUGUCAAACCAGCAUGGGAUAGUAAAAAACAACGAAGAACAUUAUUCGCUGUUGUUCAACAACAACGUGUUUUUUAAAGGUACGAACGGACCCAACCACGCAUGCGUCACCAAAAACGAACAGGAGGAGAAAUGUACAGUCCUGUUUCCCGAUGGAAAUACGAGGCGGAUAUUAGCAAACGACUUCAUUUGGUUAGGUUUUCAAAAGUUGCCAAGAACAUAUUGGCCUAACGGAUUAGUUUCUGGUACUAAACCAUCAGUGAAAGUUCUUGAUCAAAUCGAGUCACUUGUCGGAAAAGGAAGGAAAGAUGUCUUAGCACUACCAAGAAUGUUGAAAGCCAUACGAAGUGGGGAAGAUUUGAUGCGAUUGAGAAAACUAGGAAAUGCUCAGUGUGAAAAUCGAGGUCGCAUUAAAGAGUAUUCCGGUGAACAAUGUAGUGUGGGACCCUUUUCAGCAUCAUCCGGAGUAAAACCAAGAACCAGCGUCCUGAGGCUUCAUCUCGACUCGCUGGAAACCGAAGCGACAGCACAACGCGAAGCGACAAACAUCCGUAGAUCACCUUGUAAUAAUUCAGGCGAUGGUUCCUGUUAUCGGUGUGUGUUUAAGUCACAAGUAAAAAUGAAAACCCGUUCGCAGGCGUACGAGAACGGUGACGUCAGUGACACUAACGAUCAAAAUGGCAGCAGAAAACGGCAAAUAAACAAUGCUGAUCUUACGUCAUCAGAACUGCACAUAACUCCGCUGUUGGAUAAAGAAGCUUCAAAGUUAUUUGAUUCAACAGACUUAACAAGCGAAACAUUUUAUGAUUUAACGGACCUGACAAGUCCUGAUCUAUUGUCCGCUCGGCAACCAGGGGACUGGAAUCAAUUGAGUAACUCUUUGAAUACUGAUCUCUCGAAUCUAUCGCCGCCGGUGACCCCGCAACCUCUGGACGCUACAUUACAACUGGACAUGCCACCAUUUGAAAGGCUUUUUGAUUCUCUGCCGAGCGAAUCCACGUACCCCAUUGAAAACACGCAGUUGUUCGAAGAAAUCGUGGCGGGAAAGCGCGCGAAACGGGAACAGCCGAGAAAAUGUCGAAAGGUUUACGGCAUCGAUAACAAAAAGAGCUGGUGCACGCAAUGCCGUUGGAAGAAAGCGUGCACAAGAUUCACAAGUUAAAUUGUUUUUCAAAGGUCAUGCACAGCUAUCCCCGCCGUGUUGCUGCCAAAAAAGUUCUUUUUAAUAACUGUUUGCCCAAAUAUGUAACUUAAUUGCUUUUCAUGCAUGUCAAGUUCCCCCAAAUCCACAAUCCAGCGCUAUAUCCGAUUUCCGUACAACGGGCCCCAGGGUAAGUAAGAAACCUGAUGCUUAUUCAUAUGCCUAUCCCAUGCACAUAGCUGCAGUAAUUUCGCAGAAGUUGAAAGUGAAUCAUCAAUUAAGUUUAAAAGAUAAAUCUUUAAUGAGACUGAGGUAACCAAUUUUAAAUUGUUUACUGUUUCUACAAUGUGUGAGGUGAAAUUAACUACGUCCUGAUUGUGCUGAUUGGCACUAGGGAAUUGUUAAUUAUGUCAGUCGGCGGCAUAUUCGUAUAUGAGAUGUACAUCAGCUUUCCUGACUAGCCCUGUAGAGACCGUUAACUGGCGGUUUUCAGGAAACCUGAUGAUAGCGGCAAAAUCCUGAUGAUCGAAAUUUUAAGUGUUCGCUGUCGGCCAAUAAAAGUUAACAUUGCCCUCAGGUUAAACAUUAAUUAUUCACUUGAAGAAGUAAAAAAUGAAAAAAAAUGCUCUUUGCAGUCAACGUUUGGGGUUUACCGAAUAGCAAAUGUACCUAAAAGAUACAGGUAAAUAAAAUAUGAGGCAAACUUCCAUCAAACACACAAUUAAAUCCCACUUUUGGGAUACUUUUAUUUAUAUAUAACACAUUUCACAUAAUUUUUCACAAAUUUCCAAUAUGGCGGCCAGUGUAUGUGUAAUUGAGCUUUGUGAUAACAAUUUACGUCGUAGAUGUGAAACAUUUGAAUGUAUAAAAUGACAAUUUAGAGAAUAUAUUGUAUACUAUAGUAUUAAAAAAU